AUCUGCAAAAGAUAAUCAUCAAGAAACACAUGCACUGCCAAGUUAUAUGAUAUCAGAACAUAUAUAGGCAACAGAAAGAUGGCAGGUUUCAAGUUCCAACUGGUUCAUUUCAUUGAGUUUAAAUUUUUUAAUAUUUGAUUCGAUUUUUGAGAAAUACUAAACUUUUGAUGUUCGAUUCGGUUUGGUUCGAACCGAAUCCACACCUUUAGUUUUAGUUGGCAAGAAUACACCAUCAUAAAACACAUGUUCUACCAACUUAUACAAGAUCAGAACAGAUACAGUUGAAGAGAAAACAUAGAAGUUUCACGUUUCGAGUAGAACAUGUUACCAGAAGAUUGUGUAUCUACGAUUCUUUCCUUCACUUCUCCGGUUGAUGUGUGCAGAUCAUCAUUAGUAUCAUCCACCUUUCGGUCAGCUAUGGAGUCUGAUAUUGUCUGGGAAAGAUUUCUGCCAUCAGACUAUCUUGACAUUCUCUCAAGAUUGGUCACACCCUUCAUUUUCUCUUCAAGGAAAGAGCUUUUUCUGCAUCUAUCCGACCCUGUUCUCAUUGAUGGUGGUAAAACAGGCUUCAAAUUGGAGAAAUCAUCUGGCAAGAAAUCUUAUAUACUGUCUGCAAGAGAGCUUUCCAUCACGUGGAGUGAUGUUCCGACGUACUGGUGCUGGGUACCUAAGACUGAAUCAAGAUUUUCAGAGGUCGCUGUACUCAGAACAACAAGUUGGUUAGAAAUCAGAGGGAAAAUUAGAACUCAAAAGCUAUCACCUAACACAAGAUAUGGAGCCUAUCUUAUAAUGAAAAUCUCCAAUAACGCGUAUGGGCUUGAUUCAAUUCCCUCAGAAAUAACAGUUGAGGUUGGGAACACAGUAUCAUCCGGCAGUACUUAUCUACAUAACCAACAAAACAAGGUACAGUCACCAUCAUGCCUAGAUAAUAUAGAAGACAUGCAAAUGCCAGAAACAAAUCUGAAAAUGCAAGUAAAAAUGCCAAGAGAAAGGGAUGACACAUGGAGUGAAAUUGAGCUAGGGGAGUUCUUCAGUGGUGAAGGGGACGAAGAGGUGAAGAUGAGUUUGAUAGAGGUGAAGGGUUGCCAACUAAAAGGAGGGCUAGUAAUUGAAGGCAUUGAGAUAAGACCCAAAUAGUAACGGAACUUAACUCGCUAAAGUUUCACUCUUGCUUUAAAAUUUUAUUGUAGUGCCGCAGAGAUUGGCACAAAGAGAUUUUAUCAUUACAUUAUUGGACACAGAGUUGAACUUUUCAUACCAGCAGUACAGUUGAAUUUUUCGAAUCUUAUUAAAAAGAUUUAUCUGAACAA